CCCAUUAUGCAGGCUCCUCCCAGCAUAGGACAGCCUGUGGAUUUUUGCUCUCUCCACAGGUAACUGGUAAGUGAACAGAUAGGCAAAACAGCUGCAAAAAACUACCACUUUUGGCCCGGAGAAGAGAAAGGUGCUGCAAUGCCUCGUCUUCUCCUUUGGUCCUUGACCUUCCUGGUCCUUUCCCUUCUGGAAUCCAACUCUUCCGCUGACAAUGGUACUGUAGUAGUCACCACCAGUGGCCCUGUCCAGGGAAAGCAUCUCCCAGCUGGCUCAAGAUCAGUCACAGCCUAUCUGGGCAUCCCCUAUGCAGAACCCCCUGUGAGGAAACUGCGUUUCCAAAAGCCUGUUCCCCAUAAGCCAUGGAGCCACAUUCUGGAAGCCACCAACUUUGGCAAUUCAUGCCCCCAAAUACUUCUUUCGGGCACUCCUGAUGCUGAAAUAUGGUCUGUCAACACACCUCGUUCAGAGGACUGUCUCUUUCUCAAUGUCUGGGUACCCCAUCCCCGGCCCUCCACACCAGCUGCUGUCCUAGUCUGGAUCUAUGGUGGUGCAUUUAUUGUUGGCACAACUUCCCUGGCAAUAUAUGAUGGGGCAUUCUUAGCUGCUACCGAGAAUGUGAUUGUGGUGUCCAUGAAUUACCGCCUGGGAGCUCUAGGCUUCCUUUCAUUACCACCAGCUGCCCCAGGAAACAUGGGCCUCUUGGACCAGCAACUGGCCCUGAGAUGGACGAGGGAGAAUGUAGCUGCCUUUGGAGGAGAUUCUUCUCGGAUCACCAUCUUUGGCGAGAGUGCUGGAGGAGCAUCUGUCCACUAUCAUCUCCUCUCACCAGGGAGUCAGCCUCUUUUUGACCGGGCUGUGCUUCAGAGUGGGACGGCCAUUGCACCCUGGGCUUGGGUGAGUCCUGAAGAGGCCAAGAGGAGAGCUCUGGACCUGGCCCAGGUGAUGGGCUGUACAGAAGAUGGGGACAGUGCCAUAGUGAAGUGCUUGCAGGAAAAGCCAAUGGAAGAAUUUCAAAAAGACACAUCCUCAAUUGUGGAUUCCAAGAUUGCUUUGGAGUUUCCCUUCGUACCAACCACAGAUGGAGAUUUUAUUCCUGAUGACCCACAGAAACUAGUGGAAUCCAGGCGCUUUCAGGCCAAGCCUAUUAUGAUUGGCAUCACUUCUGAUGAAGGAUCCUUCUUUAUCUUCUACAAUUCCCGUGUCUUAUGUACAUCCAAUGAAUGCCUUUUGACCUGGGAGAAACUCUUGGAGGGGCUGAAAAUAAGUAUACGCAAUGCAACCAAUGACGUCAUCCAUUCCACUGCACAGAGGUACAGCAAAGCAGAACCAGAGGGCCCGGAACAGUAUCGCUCCGCCUUGUCCCAGGCCUGGGGGGAUUAUUUCUUUGUAUCUCCAGCGAAUGAAGUUGCCACAGAAACUGCAAAGACCGGAAGCCCUGUGUAUGCUUACACUUUCACACAUCACAGUGUUGGCUCCGUUUGGCCUGAAUGGAUGGGGUCCUACCAUGGAUCUGAUGUCCCAUACCUUUUUGGAACUCUGACAUUACUACCAGGAACCAAUGAAACUCAUACGGAGGCGGAGUUAGCGCUAAUCCCCCAAGUGAUGCGAUACUGGGCAGAGUUUGCCAGAAGCGGCAAUCCCACCCCUUCAGAUGUUGGUGAGGCAAAAUGGCCACUCUACAACCCUGCAGAACAGAACUUCUUUCGCAUCAGCACUGAGCCGCCUCAAGUCAUGAAGCCCUCACCUGCCCGGCACUACAGUUUCUGGAAGGCGCUUUUAUCACAGGCACCAAGCCCAGACCAGCCUCCAAAAGACUCUCUUCUGUCUCGCUCAGAAGGCAACAGGAAACAAGAACUGUGAAUUAAAUACAUAUGGAUGGAGAAAGAGCAUUGUAUGAACUGGGAGCAACAAGUCUAAAGAAUUAAGGAGGAGGAAAUUUCCAUCUGUACCUUCUCACAUAGUAAUUUCUGUUGACUGAUUUUAAAAUGUAAGAUCAAUAACUAGCUUCCUAUAAUUUUCUUUUCAUGCACAAUCAAGUCUACAUCCAUGUGAAUAAAGAGGAAAGAGGAUCUUAUAUUUUAUAUGCCAUUUUAUGUAAUUUUAUUGUUUACCUAUGUUGUGAGCCUUUUCGAGCCUGCUGCGGUAGGCAAAACUGGGGAUUAAAUCAAAUCAAAUCAA